GAGUACUUCACUACUUCAGUGACCAAACUGAACUAUAUAGUUGAGUUGAGUGCUUACUUUCGUAUUUAACCAGAAGAAAGAUCAACCGUAAAAGGACUGUCUUACGGGCUACGGCUGCCGGCAAAAAAAGAGACGUAUUUCCCCCACCAAAACACAGAGAAAGAGAGAUGUCGGCCAAUGAUCCGCGACAGCCAGCGGCCGCGAAACCCUUCGUCCCUCCGGUGGUUGCGCCGGAGGAGAUGCCCGUCGAUUACUCAGGCUUCCUCGCUGUCCUCUUCGGCAUAGCCGGCGUCAUGUUCCGGUACAAGCUUUGCUCGUGGGUUGCCCUAAUUUUUUGCGCCCAGUCGCUUGCCAAUAUGAAGAACAUUGAGAAUGACCUGAAGCAGAUCUCCAUGGCCUCCAUGUUUGCAAUUAUGGGAUUGGUGAAUAACUACAUGGGACUUGCUCGACCCGGCACGAAAGCUUGAUAGUUAAUUUGCGCAGGAGGGGAAAUGGGUACUAGCAUGUCUGCAGAUCGUUUUUUUUUUUUUUGAACCGAUACAUGCUCAGAAUAUUUUGGCAGGGCCAAAUUGCACCAUUAAUCACGGUCUUUAAAACUUCGUUCAUGUUUGCAUAAAAGAAAAAGAGCAAACGUUUCGUAGUGUAACCGCUACUGGCCUUGCACCUUCGUUGUUUCAUCAUUAGUAGUUGUUUGGCCAGCUCUGUUAAAUUAAUCCUACAAACUAUUGGCUUCGACGAUAGCUUUGACUGUUGAGUAGGUGACUGGUAUUUUGGUGUACCGAUGAAGCGCUGUCAGAGAUUCUUCUUGUCCUUGCCGUCGUAAAGCUUUUCAGUGUAUUGGUAGAGUACGUAGGCGAAAGGAACGUCACAGGCGG